GAAAACAGUGGACUUUCAAUUUGGCAAUCUUCAAAAGGGAGUCAAAAUGCGUUGUUCGGCCCAACAGUUGGCUGUGCUUUGUCUCAUUUGUUUACCCUCUUUAAGCUACGGAAAAUUUACAGCUGAGAAAGUAUCUCGCAAGCAUAGCACAGACAAAGUUGGAAACAGUACUCCAAGAAGACUUAAAUCCUCGAGGUCUCCGAACCUGUCCAAGAAGUCUAAGGAAACAGGUGUAGCGGUGAAAGGAACACGAAAGAAUCUUCUCGACCCUUUAAUUUCUAGUUACGAAGGACCACACUUCUCCGAAGCUCCGUUACCAAUUCACAUCGAGCAUAUCAAAGAUUACCCGGUUGCUGUUCCAGUCAAGAAGGAAACUGCUGAACACAUUUUACAUGUGCACAUUCAUGACAAAAAUCCUUGCAAAAAUGGCGGAGUACUUUCGGGAGAAGAAUCAGGAAAUUAUCGCUGUAUUUGCCCACCUCAGUACGUUGGAUCCACUUGUGAAAUACAACAGCACUGUUUUUCUGAACCAUGCAAGAAUGGAGGAAAGUGCCUAGAGAUUAGCAAUGGUUAUAAAUGCACAUGCCUUGCUGGUUUCACUGGCAAUGACUGUGAAGACAGAGCCUUUUGCUCCCCUAACCCUUGUGAACAUGGAGGUACAUGCGUUGAGACUCUUCAAGGCUAUAAAUGCGUGUGUCAAGACGGUUACAAGGGCGAUAACUGUAAAGAUACUGAUGCUUGUUGGCCUAACCCUUGCCAACAUGGCGGAAGCUGUGAAACCAUAAAUGGUUCCCCACGCUGUCUGUGUCAACCGCAAUAUCAUGGAACUUACUGUCAUGAGAGAUAUAUCUGCUUCAUGAAUCCUUGUCAUAAUGGAGGGAUAUGCGUAGAAAAUCCUUUGGCCCCUUGUCUUUGUCCAAAUGGAUACGUAGGAAAAUACUGCAUUGAUCACGUGUGUCGACCAAAUCCAUGCCUGCACAAAGGCACUUGCAAAGUAGUAGACCAUCCAUCGGGGUCCAGGAACAAGAGAUGGAAUUAUCGCUGCACAUGUCCGGAAUCGUAUCGAGGGCAUAUUUGUCAUAUUCCUCAUCCGUGCAUUCGUCAACCUUGCCUAAACGGUGGGACUUGCGUGGAUGCCUUCACCUCCAAAGAGGAAAACGAGGAGCAACCUGUUUAUGACGUAACGCUCCCUUGGACACACUUGCACUUCCAUUGCCAGUGUCCUCCUGGUUUUAAGGGAUCGAGGUGCGAAACUGAUGUUUGUUCGUUGUGUCAUCGUUUGGCUGAAUGUAUUGACCAUCAUUGUGUUUGCAAGCGUGGCUACGUUGGAAACGGAAAUUAUUGUAAAAAGCCAACAAAUAGGUGUCAUCCCAAUCCCUGCCUUAAUCAGGGAACGUGCUCUGAACGACAGGACGGCAGUUACGACUGUGAAUGUGUCCCAGGAUAUUGUGGUCUUCAUUGCAAAGAUAUUUGUGAACCAUGUUUGUUACGGCCAUGCUUUAAUGGAGGAGAAUGUAUCCCAAAGGGUGAGGAACGUAUCUGUAUUUGCAAACCGCCUUACAUUCAACCUGACUGUAAUGAGACCGCUGUUAAUCGAUGUAUUCCAAAUCCUUGCAAAAAUGGUGGUACGUGUAGGUCUUUGCCAGAGAAAGAUGACUACAUUUGCGACUGCGUCGGUAAAUUCUCUGGAAAGGAUUGCGCCAACUGCGACUGCCCUAAGGCCAAACCACGACCAGAUGGGAAAGAGGUAAUUGACUCUGAAUGCGACGCAAUUGGGGAAUGUUUUUGUCCACUUGUUUCUGGUGUUCCUAAAGUCACAUUUACGGACGGCGGCUGCGUUCUUGACCGCCAAAGCCUUUGCUUUAGUGAACCAUGCAAGAACGGAGGAACAUGCGUGACUACUUUAUAUGGAUUCAUAUGUGAAUGCCCUCCUCCAUAUUACGGAACUUUCUGUGAAUGCACUUCCUGUAUAUGUGAGCAACCGUGUAAGAAUGGUGCUACCUGUGUUGACAUUGCAACAAAACAAUACCAAUGUACUUGUCCCCCUGGUUACCAAGGUCCUGACUGUUCAGCCCCAGUGACACCAACAGAAAAGCGUUGUAUAAAUGUCACUUGCCUACAUGGAGGCACUUGUGUAGAGCGUCCAAAUGGAUACGAUUGUAUCUGCACACCACAGUACACAGGACCACAUUGUGGAGUUGACAAGUGCGCUAAUUGUCACGAGGAGGCAGAAUGUGUAUAUGGACGUUGUCGAUGUAGAGAAGGAUACGUUGGAACUGGAUACGUUUGCGAGAAAGAUAAGGAAAAAGAAUGUGGCAUCUGUCCUGUUCAUCAUCAUUGUGCCCAGGGAGUCUGUGUUUGUAUUCCAGGGUUCAUUUGUCAAGAUAGUGGGCGUUAGAGACGCUUCAUAACGUAUUCAGUUUUGGAAAUUAUUCUAUUGAAUGUUUGAAACCUCAGAGAUUACUAACAUGACGCAGUUAUGAUGACGAAACUUAACUGUAAUAUAUGAUUUCAAAAAAUAAGCAAAUCCAUUGAAACAAACAAACAAAGAAAAAACAGAAAAAGAGAGAGAAAAAAAAUCAUUUGUAGCUAAUCUAAUGGCAUACACACGGGCCACAUUACCGAUAACUUGGACCAGGUUUGGCUUCCAUGGCGGCAUCUUUUUUUUUUCUUUGUAUGCAGCAUGUGGCAUAAAAUUAAUAUUUACUUGAUUUCAAGUAUCUAAGUAAAUUAUAAAUUGUAACGUAACCUUGAGUAGUGAUAGCUUUAUGUUUAGUUUAUUGUAAAUAGCUAUGUUGCUUUAUAAAGACAAUAAAGCCGUGUGCUAAGUGCGAAGUGCACGCAAGGAACUGUUUUUGGAAACAUCAAAAACGUAAAUUACACGUAUCUCUAAUUAACAUUGGAAGAAGUCGAUUCAUUAAUCCUAAAAUUUUGAAGGAUGUCACACCCUUCAAACCGUGAGAAUCAGAAUAAGAAUUAGGAUUUUAGGAAAGGGUUGGGCUGGAUAACUAUUCGGAUCUGAUUCGACCUAAUGUGCGUGCUUUCGAAGUCCUUGUCCUCAGCAACUGCUUCAGUCAUGCAUACGUUACCAAACUGAAUUAGUCUCCAACUAGAGCAGGAAAAUGAAAAAAUGAAUAAAUAAGCAAAUGAACGAGAGAUAUAUAACAAAAUGACUGAAUCAAUUUAGAUAAUUACAAAAAACAUACAUCGACUCACCUAUUUUCUGACAAGUGUUAUCAAUAAAGUAAAAUCCCGCGAUACAAGCGCAUUCUCCGCCAACACAGACGGCGUUUAGCGGACAGGUGUUACAGAAAGACACUGAAAACAAUAAAAUAAACUUAAAAUGCAACAAUGCCUUUUUUAUG